AUGACCUUCAUAUUAAUAUUUGUGACGAUUUUCAAUUGGAUAUGGAUAUUAGAAAGUGUCACAGCUCCAAAUCUUAUCGAUUUUCAAUUACGAUCUUCUCCAAAUCAUGCAGAAUUAUUAAAUUGUGUUGGAAAACUCAAUGAAAAAUUAGCAAAACUCGGUGUAAAGAAUAUUCUUCUUCAAGCAAAUCGUCAAGGAACGAAAAGUACAAAUGCAAAGACAUGUAAUCCAAAUGCCACAUUGAAACGAAAUUUAACCAGUGUGAGUUAUUGUUUUAAUCCAUCGGACAGUAGUACAAUUGGUGGAAAUGUUGAAUGGAUGCCACAAGGUGUCACAACUGUUGCUGAUGCACGUUCAACUCAACUUUGGAAUACAAAACGAGCAAUUUUAAUAACUUGGUAUGAUAAGAAAUCAGAGAAACCAACAAAUACAGAUGCUGAUCAAAUAAAAGGUGCUCGAGUGACAUUCUUUGAUCCAGAAACAUCAAAAUAUCAACAUGUUUUAUUAGUUUAUCCAUAUUUAAAUAAUAAAGGAGAAAUAACUUAUAUGAGUUUACGAACAAUACAAAAAGAUGGUUAUGAUUCAUUACAUGCUGGUGGAAUUGUUUGGUAUGACAAUUAUUUAUAUGUUGCUGAUACAGCUCGAGGUUUUCGAAUAUUUGAUAUGAGACAAAUCUUUGAUUUAAGUCAAACAACAAAUGGAAAUACAAAUGAUAAACAUUUAAUUGGUUUUCAAAAUGGAAAAUUCUAUGCUCAUGGUUAUCGUUAUAUAAUGCCACAAAUCAACGAUUGGUCAAAUAUUAUUCCAAGAAAUUCAUCAAUGACAUGUCGAGUUAAUGCAGGAUCACCGACAUUUUCUUUUGUUUCUCUUGAUCGAACGGAUUCAGAUCAUUUAAUUUCAGGAGAAUUUUGUGCAGAUAAAACAGCAAAUGGAGAUUUAGAGAAAUCAGGUCGUGUUGCACGUUGGCCACUUGAUAAACAAACAGGUCAACCAAAAUUAACAAAUGGAAUUUGGAAAGCUGAUUCGGCGUAUCGAUUACCCAUUUCAAAUAUUCAAGGUGCCGUUUCAUUUGAAAAUAAAUGGUAUUUAAGUCGAAGUCAAGGUGCAAAAAAUGGAUUUUUAUAUAAAACAAAAUCAAUAAAUUCAACAACGGGAAUUUUACAAAUUGAAAAUUCGUAUUAUUCAUCUGUUGGACCUGAAGAUUUAUCACAUUGGCCAACAAUCGAUGGAAAAGCAGGUGGAUUAUGGACUGUGAGUGAACAUGCAGGUAAACGUUUAUUAUAUGUUUGUAAUAUUGAUCAACUGAAUAAUUCAAAUCAAUUUGGAAAUAUUUGUGGAGAAAGAAAUUCAUUUUUUUAA